CGAUCGGCAAGGAGUCCGACCCCACUUACCCGCAACCCCACGUCAAGUACGUUACCCGCUGUUGCCCGCAGACUACACGGAUCCUAUAACAACACCGAUCUUGCUUCGAACUCGCUAUCGACAAUGUCUACCCCGUCAGUAGUACCAACUCCUCUGCCACUCAAAAAGACGCUGGACGCACUUCCAGCUCUGUCUUCAACCUCAACCGAGCUCCGAUCGCAGACGCGGGAUGUCAUUCAAGCCAGCUCCGAUAUUCCUAUUUUGGUGGCACUCGACGAUGAUCCAACCGGGACACAGACUUGCCACGACAUUCAUGUGCUGACGACCUGGACGGUUCCAGUUCUGGCAGCAGAAUUCAAAAGCACAGCGCCUGGAAGCGGCUUCUUUAUUCUUACCAAUUCGCGAGCGCUGCAUCCACCAGCUGCACGAGAGCUGACUAUUGAGAUAUGUCAAAACCUAAAGGAAGCUGCAAAUCAAGCAGGUAAAAAAUUCGAAGUCGUUCUCCGAGGUGAUUCGACACUAAGAGGGCACUUUCCAGUCGAACCGGAGGCUGUGGAGGAAGCUCUUGGUGCAAGCGAUGCAUGGAUUCUCGCACCGUUUUUCCUUCAGGGUGGAAGAUACACGAUCGACGAUGUUCACUAUGUUGCUGAAGGCGACACGUUGGUGCCCGCCGCAGAGACUCCGUUUGCGAAGGAUGCCACAUUCGGGUUCAAGAGCAGCCAAAUGGCGGACUGGGUCGUUGAAAAAAGCAAGGGGGCAAUAUCAAGAGAUCGAGUGCGUGGUAUCAGCCUUGGAGACAUACGACAGGGUGGACCUGAUAAAGUCAAUGAGAUCUUGCAGAGCGCCUCGAAAGGUACGGUGUUUAUCGUCAACGCAGCUGCAGAGGAAGAUAUGGAUGUGGUUGUUCUUGGGAUUCUGAAGGCAUCUGCGCUGGGCAAGAAGUUUCUCUUCCGAUCUGCAGCUGCCUUUGUGUCUGCCCGCCUUGGAAUAUCUCCUAUUCCACCUAUCACCUCGCGGCAACUUCGGCUCAGCACUGCGACUGGCGGGCUGAUCAUCGCUGGCUCAUACGUCCCUAAGACUACCACUCAACUGAAGGCUCUAAUUGAGGUCGCAGGCGACAAGCUGAUCACGGUGGAGCUGAGCGUCAACAAGCUUCUCGAAAGCGAUGAUUCGCGCGCCAAAGAGCUCAGCAAUGCUCUUGAGGUUGCUACACGCGCACUACAGGAGCCAAAGGACGUCUUAAUCAUGACGUCUAGAGAUCUGAUCACCGGCGCAGAUGAGCGAUCUUCAUUGGACAUCGGCUCUGUUGUUGCAGCUGCACUUGUCACCUUUUUGGAGCGACUGGAAGUCAAGCCGAGAUACUUGAUCGCAAAGGGUGGCAUUACAAGCAGUGAUAUGGCGACGAAGGGACUGAAGAUGAAAAAGGCUACGAUUGUUGGACAAGCAGCUCCAGGAGUUCCUCUCUGGCGAUGCGAUGAGCCGACGAGCAAAUGGCCUGGCUUGCCCUAUGUCGUAUUUCCUGGCAAUGUUGGUGGGGACUUCACGCUGGCAGAGGUUGCAGAGAAAUGGAGGCCUUCGAUACCGGUCAAUCGCUGUUAAUUCAAAGCCUUCACUGUGCAGUCUACUUCGGAAUCUGGAUGUCCAAGAGUCACGUGAUCAAAUUGAACUGCAUCAUCAACACACACAACCUACAGGCUUCCAAUUGCGUUUUCUAUCUGAGUACUGAUCCGUUCACGCUCACUGUGCUAUUUCCGAGUCAUCCAGAAAUGCUAGCU